AGAAGCAGUUUACAAAAUGGCUGCGCCAAUAUCGUCUCCUAGGGAAAAAUUUGAAGCUGCAGUUAAUGUUAUUCAUAGUUUACCCAAAAAUGUUUCACAAAUGGCAGGAUCGUUCCAGCCUUCACAUUCCAUGAUGUUGAUGUUCUAUGGUUAUUAUAAGCAGGCAACAGAAGGAAAGUGCACAAAAGCAAAGCCUGCAUUUUAUGACGUAAUAAAUAAAGCGAAAUGGGAAGCCUGGCACAAAUUAGGAGAUAUGCCAGAAGAAGAAGCAAUGACCAAGUAUGUAGAAGAGUUAAAAAAAAUAAUUGAAGCAAUGCCUCACACAAAUAUGGUGUCAGAAUUUGUUGAGAAAUUAGGAAACUUUUAUGAAAUUGUUGAUGAAAACGGUUCGACCAUUGGAACUAAAGAAGCAAAAAAUUUAGCGAUAAAGGGAAAGAGAUUAGCAAAACGAACGAAAUCUGUCGACUCUUUAUCAAAUGGAUUAGAAAAUGGUAAUGGAAGCGCUUUAAAUGGUCAUGGGCAUAUCAGGAAUGGAAAUUCAAAUUCAGACGGGGACGAUGGCGACGAUGAUGACGACGACGAUGAUGAAGGUGAUGAUUAUAAUAAGAAUAAGGAUAAAAUUAAGACAGACGCUAAUGACGUACCGAAAAAACCUGAUUACAAGCCGCGCAGAAAUACCUCAAAUGUAGGAUCAGACGGUGAAAGCUUAUCAAGUCCAGCAACGAGCGACGAUGAAUUUUGCGACACUAGUCAAGAACCUAUUGUUGAUAAUAAAGUCUUAAACAGUAAUGGACCUUUUGAUUUAAUAUCAGCAAGAGGUGGAGAAAACGCCCAGACAAACGAACAAGUUAGACAACCAUCCGGUGAAAGUCUCUCAGCAUCACAAGCACAAAGAAUGUGGCUAAACGAACAACCCAGCGCAAAUCAGGCACUUUUAUACUCUUCUUCUGGAGGGCGGCCGCCAAAUUAUCCACAAAACUCUCCUAACUCUCCUUAUGCUCAAGAAGUUAACGAAAGAAUUGCAAUAGCACUGGUCAGAUUGCAACAAGAUAUGAAUUCCGUCCUGACUCGACUAAAUACUUUAGAAACAUUAUCACUAACAAGACAACCAAGAAGUAGACGAAGCUCUGAAAAAAAUUUAUAUUUUACGCGAAAAGAAGAAAAUAGAAUAAAUCAAACGAUUGAAGUAAAUGAUUCCUGCAAAUGA